AUGCUGCCAAACGAAAUAGGGGAUGUGUGCAACUUUGUGAACGUGCCGCGCAGCGCGUCGUGCAACGUCACCACCCCCUUUCCGGUACUGCAGCAGUACAGGCGGCCGACUGGCGAAGGCUCCAGCGCUAUUAUGGAAUCGACCCAUCCAGGGGUUAUCUCGGAAACAUUGGAGCUGGGACCUGAGCUUUCGAGCUCACUUCGGCGUCGGUCCCUUGCCACCGACCAUUGGAAUACCUGGUCUGUGGUGCUCGUUCGAGCCUCCGAGCACCUCUCAAGAUUCGCCGACGCCACGGGGCAGCACGACGCUCUAGACAUGGAUACUCACCAGGAUAUCGAAGAACUAGAGCUUUUCGACUGCUGGGCUGUUGACUUUGCCAAGCUUCGGUUUGAGAAGAUUGAGCCACAAGCCCUGCCCGUCUCUGGCCUCUCCAGCAAUAGCUGGGAUGACUCGCUCGGCCGCCUUUUGUUGGCUUCCCCAAUCAUGCAGCCUUUAUUCAAGCUGGUUGCAGAGUUGGAGGAGCAGGAGUUGGAAGGGCAUUUCCUGAACGCCGCAAGCCACAUGGCCCUGAACAAGGAUGGGAACAUGGUCACGGGUGUGUAA